UAUCGAAUGAAAGAGUCAUUCUGAGAUGACACCACCGUCGUCGAGGUUAUAGUAACUUUAAUUCCUACUAGGUCGGAUGAACGCAUAACCUUACUUUUAUAAAAGAAAUUAUUUUCAAAUAGAUUUCAUUAUAUAUUGACAAGUUGUCGCUAUAAUUAUGAGACUCGGCACAUAUUUAUUGCGGAAAGAAAUACCUUAUCGAUUCAGAGGGAAGUAUCGUAAAAUAAAGAAUCCCACGUUUGAAGAUUUGCUAAAAUUAAGGCAUGACAUUGAAAGAGAAGAAAGGAAUAUGUUGAUUUUAAGACAUCCAUAUUUAACGAGUCAACAAUCUGCUGGUCACAUGAGUCAUAAAGAAAGGCCAACUUUGGGUCAAAUAUAUGGGAAAUUAAAAGACGAAAAGUUUUCUAAAUGCAUAACCAUUGAGGACAGAUUAAGUCACUUAAAAGUAUUAGAACCUUGGGAUUGAAGCGUAUAUUUGUUUAUAAAAUGCCUUAAAUCCUUUAUAUAUCAUAGUAUUGUAUAAUUAUUAAAUAUUUUAUAUGAUUUAAAAUGUA